CCCUCCCCUCCCCUCAGGAUCUUCGAGUACCGGGGCCGGGUGUCCCCGGUGCCGCGGGUGGUGCCGGUGAAGCGGCCGCGGGUCACCAUCCCCCUGGUGCGGCGCGUCAAGGCCUCGCUGCCCGUCAAGCUCUUCGCCAGGUCGGCUGCCAUCGCCAACAGCUCGGCCAGGCUCAAGUUGAAGAGCAGCGAGCUGCAGACAAUCAAAACUGAGCUGACACAGAUCAAAUCCAACAUUGAUGCUCUCCUGGGCCGGCUGGAGCAGAUUGCUGAGGAGCAGAAGCUGUCUGCAGAGGCCCGGAAGAAGGCGGAGAGCAGCAAGAGCGAGGUGUCCCAGGAGGACACGGCCUCCGAGGCCGAGGCCACCGCCGAGGAGCCGCUCAAUGGGGAUGAGGGCGAGGAGGAGGGGCUGGCACGGGAGGAGUGUGAAGAUGAACUGGAGAACAGCCAUUACACAGACGUGGAGGAUGCCAGGCUACAGUAACCAGCUGUGAGCAGCAGUGUGAGGAAAGCACGAGGCUAAACCCUGUCCUGGCACGUUGAGCAAGACAAGCUGAAUGGAAGGGCUGCUGUCAUCUCUACCUGGCAUUCAAAGGAGAAACAUGGCCCGACAUCUUCCAUCCAUCUGUAAAGCAAAGGCAAAGAAAACUCAUCCUCCCAGCAGAUCCCCACCACCCCUGCAAUGGAUUCGGAGCUCUGCAGCCAGCAGAGGAGGCAGGAGCCAGACCUGCACAACCCAGAGUCACCACAGAGAGCAGAAGUGUCCUGAGGUGUUCUAGAGCUGCUUGCAGGAGAGCAGAGAGAGCUCAGCCCAGCCCAGUAAAGACAUUUUUCCUCUGCGAGGUGAGAGCCAGAGCAUUUCCUAACAGGGAGAAGCAGUGUCUCAGUUUGGACAGUUUGUGUUCUUGUGCUGAAGAUCCAGCUGGGUCAGAGGCUGUGGGGUGAGCUGUCCUCCAGCACAGCCACCUCCUGUCACCUCUCUUGUGCCCCACGAGCUGCUGUGUGUCCACAGUCACUUCCAGGUGGAAAGGAGUCGGUGCUGGAGCAGUUGCUGUGCUCUGGGAAGCCACUCGAAGAGGGAUAGGGGAGAGGAAGCUGCAGGAAAGCAAGUGAUCCCAAGCAGGAGAAAGUAAGCAAACGUCACCCUCAGUGGUUUGGUGUCCUCAUCCUCCACCAUGUGAGAGCUGAGCAAGCCUCUGCAGAGUGAGGGGUGUGAGCAGAUGAGACCCUUUCCUUGGACCAGCUGCUCCCCAGAAGGGAUGUGGAGCACCCAACUCCUGCAGCCUGGAACCAGAGACAUCAGCCCCUUCCCUGGCUGCCCACGUCUCCUCCUGCCCCGGUCAGGACACGCCAGGGGAGCGGUGCUGCCGCUCCUGCCUGAGCUCCAGCGCCAGGGUGACAGCGUGCCCGAGGCCGGGGACACCCCGAGCAGGGUGUGCCAGCACCUCCCCUGCUCCCCAGACCCCAGCUGCUUUGCCCCCUGCCCCGUGCUGUGAGCAGAGGGCUCAUCGUGGGACCCCCGCACCCGAGAGGCCUCGGCCGUCCUCCUCCUCGUUUCUCCCUCCUGGGCUCCGUUUUCCCGGGACUGGAGCUCGGGCAGCUUUACCCAGAGCUGCUGUGUCCUGCCUGCCCUUCCCCUCCAGGACAGCACACACAUCCGUGCUUGGAACCAGAGCAGUGUCCACACCUUCCCCCGGCCAGUCCCUCCCACACAACACCUGCGUGCUCCCAGUGCUCCAACCUCAUCCACAGCAUCUCCUGGAAGGGUGAAGGGAAAACAGCUCCAGGGGUGACACUUCCCUGCCCCUGGUGCCGUCCUGGAGGACACGUGGCUCUUGAAGCACAAAGUUUUCUUUGCAUUUCUUAGUUUGGGCUGCUUGGGGAGGGGUUGGAGGGAGCCCCGUGCUUGCCCUGCCCUUGUUCCUGUGCAAGGUCUGCCCCGAGUUGUCCCGAGCUGUUCUCCAGGCCUGGAGAGAUGAGCUGCAGGUUUGGCUGUGAACUGACUGUGCUGCUGCUGUUUGGGAGAGAGGUGACCUUGUACAUACAAUCCUGUAUAAUAAAAGAAAGAAAUCUA